AUGGCUAAUUUAUUUAACUCCUGGGCACUGAUAGUCUCGUUUCUGGCCGGUGUGGGUGCCAUUUGGUAUCGUACAGGCGGCGUCCAGGGCUCUUUAACGGCUUACUGUAGCUCGACCGCCUUCUCUUCACCGCAUUGUGCGAGCUGGAAUUCAUGGUUCCAUCCAGCCCGAUCUGGUCUAUACAGGGACGGAGCGAGUUCGAACCAGAAUGAUUGGAAUCUUCUCUAUCAUUUAGGAGGCAAUGGCCCUUGGAUCGAGAAGACUGAUGGAGACCCAGACGUCACCAGGGUAAACCCUCCGGAUGGAUGCUCGGUUGAUCAAGUUCAUAUGAUGUCCCGCCAUGCAGAGAGAUAUCCGACCAAGUCUGCUGGAACUCGUCAUCUGGAUCUCAUCACCCGCAUCAAGGAAGCAAACGUCGUUCUAAAUGGCUCUCUAUCCUUCCUAAACAACUGGACCUACUUCACUGAUAGGCCAGAAAGGGAUUUCGAGCAGCUUACUCGAACAGGUCCCUACGCGGGAACGCUCCAGGCCUUUACUACUGGGGUGCGGUUUCUGACUCGUGAUUCGGAGAGAGUCAUCGAGUCCGCCCGAUACUUCGCUGCCGGUUUGUUUGGCUUGGACUGGGGAGACAGCGGAAGAGCCGCACUGGAAAUCAUCCCCGAGACUCUUGAUCGCCGGGCUGAUACACUGACCCCGGGAGACACGUGUCUGCGAUACCUGGAAGAUACCAUCACCGGCCAUGACAUGGGCGUAAACAUGCUCGGCGUCUUCCAGGAGGCAUACAUCCCGCCCAUUGCGAAGAGAUUGAUAGAGGACCAGGACAACCGUGAAUUGGCCUACCUCUCCAACCUGGAAGUGUAUAGUAUGCAGGAGAUGUGCGGAUUCGAGACCAUCGCCCGCGGAUCUAGUCCCUGGUGUGAUGUCUUUACCCGUGCGGACUGGGAGAACUUUGAAUACGCCCGCGACUUGAUCCAUUACUACCGUGCUGGGCCUGGGAACCCAUAUGCCGGGGCGAUGGGCUGGCUUUGGUUGAAUGCUACGAGUUCACUGUUACGUUCCGGGCCAGAUGCAGGGACCAUGUUUUUCAGCUUUGUUCAUGACGGCGACAUUGCGCCGUUUCUUACUGCACUGGAUAUUUUGAGAGACGACAAGUAUGAUCCUCUUUUGCCUACCACACAUGCAGUGUCGGAUCGUGUCUGGCGCACGUCGUCGGUGAUGCCGAUGGGCGGCCGCAUCGUCCUGGAGCGGAUGACCUGUUCUUUAUCCUCUGCGGAUAUGGAUGACAACGAAGAGACUCAUGUACGGGUGAUUAUUAACGACCGAACCGUACCUUUGCCGUAUUGCAAAUCCGGACCAGGACUUUCAUGUCCAUUGAAGGAAUUUGUCAGCCAUGUUGAGCGGCGGAGGGAUGAAGUCGGCGAGUACGGCGACGUGUGCGGAAUGUCCCAAAACGACCUCAUGGAGUACCACUUCGUUCCCCCGGAGGAGCGCGCCAAAGACGACAAGGGCAAUCUGUUACCCUGGGGCUACGUCUACAAAGAUGAAUCUCGCAACCCCCGACGACCCCCAGAGGAAAGCGGCCCAUUUGGCAAGCGGCGCAACGCCCGGUACGACCACGCCCGCUCGCGCACCCGCACCGGCACACCAGCGAAGCGCGAGAACCCGAACGUCGCCGAGUUCGGCCGGCUCUUCGCCCAGCAACAAGAGGAGGAGAAGGCACGGCGCAACACACUUCCCAAGUCGUCCUCAUCCUCGAGCCUCGACAACCCGCGGAAACAGACCGAGAAGGUAGCGACCGAGUGCAUCCUGUACGGGUACCGCAGCAAGGACUCGGAGUGGAAGGUGAUUGAUAAGUACGAGCGCAUCUCGCAGGGGGUCAUCUGCGAGGACUAUCCGCGAGUGGACCCGAACGCGGCGACGGGUUUCUCGCAGCUCCUCAGCGGCGGCGGCGACGUGGUCAUCCGCACGAACCUGUCGGCUGACGCGAACCGCAAGUCGAAGCGUUAUGCGGGUGGUUUCCACUGGAUCAAGGUGACAUUCGACUCGACUGUCGCGGCCGACCGCGCCUGCUUCUUCUCCCCGCAGGAGAUCGACGGCCACCUGGUGUUUUGCGAGCUGUACCACGAUCAGGGCCCUGCGGAGGAUGUGCCCAUCCCCGUGGGCUCGGCGGCGGCGACGCGGCUGGAAUCGCGCGGCUCGCGCACGCUGACCAAGUCGCACUCGACGGCGUUCCUGCAGACGCAGGACCGGGAGCGGUCGACGCUGCCGCGGUCAUUUGCGAUGAACAAUCUGUCUAGUGUUGCGGAUGUGGAGGAGCCGUCGACGCCUGAAUCGGCGCCCACUGUCAGCUCUGCUACGGCCACGGCCAGCGGCGUCGACCAGAGUUCUUCGUCGUCGUCGACGCUGCAGCAGCGGAGUGUGUCGAAGGAGCCCAAGCCCGAGUCGGAGUUCAUGACCCAUAUUCCGACCGUACGGCGGACGAAACUGCGGCCGAUCACCGAAGCGCUGCCGCCACAACCGACGGUCACCGAGCGGGUUCUGCGGUCGAUUCCGAUUCUCAGCUGGUUCACGGGGGAUAUUGUCGGCGAUGGGCCACAGCUGCGUGAGGACGGCACAUUUGAUUACGAAAAGUCCAACACGUACUGGCGGUUUUGGUACAUGGUGGAUCGGAUUCUGGGGUCGGAUAUCUGUGGAUUGAGAGAGGAGUCAUGA